GAUUACAGCCUGAUAAUUGUGAAUUACCACCAGACUAUUGCGUCGUGGCCCCUUUCUGAAGGUAGUCCUAUUCCGCUGGAAGCGAGCUUGCGCGAGCAUGUCAAGUACAGCAACAUAUCGCUAUCGCCGACAAGCUUUCGGCGGGCGGCCGGGCUCCUUGCUCGGCAGGUGUUGCGGCCGCGUCGCAGCCUCACGCAACUCGUCCCCGCUGGUCCCCGGCCAGGCCCGGGCUCUGCACCCACACGCAAACGGAUCCGUGCGUGCAAAUGCUGGUACCUGCUCGCCGACGCACCUGGGCGCCGACAUAGCAGCAGCAGGGGAUAGGGCCACGCCCGAAAGCAGCCGGCGGGCGCAAGCUGCCUCUGAUAUUAUUGUUGCGGCUCCUGUGCCUCGACGUCAGGCCGUGGGGAUGCUCGCGGCCUCCGUCGCAGCUUUUGGCAGCGGCAUUAGCGACCUGCUGCCGUCUGCUGCCAAAGCAGCGAGCCUGGUCGACGUGCCAGGCGCAACCGAGGCGCGGGUACCGUCCUCCUCAUCAUCAGCAGCCCUCGCUCCGUCGGCCGCAGAAACCGCGGGUGCUGCGGAUGCGGCGAGUGCAGAAACCUCAGCAGCAUCAGCCACACCAGCAGCGGCGGGCGUGGCGGCGGCGGUGCCGGCGGCGGAGGUGGUGGCGUGCUUCGUGUCUCCGGGCGGUGCGGCGGAUUCGGCGGUGGAGCUGCCGCCGGGGGCGGAGCGGGCCGCUCGCUUCAGCUCGGUGGCGGCGGCGGUGGCGGCGUGCCCCAGCGGGGGAGUGGUGCUGGUGGCGGCGGGCAGGUACCGCGAGCGGUUGGUUCUCAGGGGCCAGGCCGUCACCCUCAAGGCGUGGCCGCAGGGUGCGGAGGUGGAACUGCUGUGGGAGACCGCCCAGCCCUACGAGAGCACAGUGGACAUCAGUGGCGGCGGCGGCACGGCGGCGGCGCUGGGCGGCGGCGGCGGAGGCCAGGUGGUGCUGGAGGGCCUGACCAUCCGCCACGCGUCCAAGUCCGUUGCAAACAACUUCGGCGUGUACGUGCACGGCGCCUGCUCGCCGCGGCUGUUGGACUGCGACAUCAGCUCCCGCACCGGCGCGGGCGUGGGCGUGGAGGGAGCCAGCCCCUGGCUGCUGGGCUGCCGCGUGCACGACUGCGCGCGUCAGGGGCUGGCCAUCUUCGGCGGCGGCGCGGAGCUGAUGGCGGACCUGAAUCUGGAUCUCAGCCUGGAUACGGCCGUGGAUCCGGGGCUGCUGACAGGGAUGACUGGCGGCGUGGUGCAGGGCUGUGACGUGUACGGCAACGCGCUGGAUGGCGUGCUGGUCCGGGGCGGCGCCGCACCCGACCUGAUGGACAAUAAGGUGCAUGACAACAAGGGCUCCGGCUUCAACCUGCAGGACUGCAGCGGGCGCUACAGCGGCAAUGUUGUGUACGACAACGCCCGGGGCGCCGUAUCAAUCAGCCCGCUGUUCGAGUUGGACAGCGGCGACCUGGCCGGCAGCAACAGCCUGCGGGGGCUGCUGAGGCGGCUGUAGCAGCAGCAACAGCUGCUGAGGGGGCUGCGGAGGAGGCUGUAGCAGUGGAGGCUGUAGCCAGCAGCAGGGGACAGCAACUGCCCACUGCUGCAGGAAGAGUGAGGCUGUAGCAGGCGGCGGCGGUGGGAGCCUUAGGGGGCCGCAGUAGAGAGAGGCUGUAGCGCACGACGAACAGUAGCAGCUGCAGGCCUGCACCAUCAAAUACUGCUGUAUGGCUACUGUUGUAAAGUGGGCUACUGCCCUGCCUUACUUGCUAGC